GUCAUGCAUCGUUGUCUGCUUUCAGAUCGGUGUGCUGGAAUGUGAGGUCUACAAGCAAACAGUACGAAAAAAGUGCUAAAAUAUUUAUUGAAAGUUUCUUAACAGAAGGCGUGUAUCUACGGAGCUGGGCAUGGCUCAGACGGUGCACCCCACCGUGGUCUGCAUGUUCGCCCCCCCCCUGGGCAUCACGCUGGAGGCCGGGGAGCCCCCGGUGCUGGCCGUGCCGCAGCUCGUCAUGCUGGCUAACGUGGCGCUGACGGGGGAGGGCGGGGCCUGCGAGUACGGGGCGGGGGAGGAGGAGAAGCAGAUGGUGGAGCUGACGACCGUGGGCAGUGGCAGCUACACCGACAGCGAGGAAGAGGGGGAGGAGGAGGAAGAGGAGGUGGACAGCCUGAUGGGGCGGUACGAGUUCAGGGAACACGCCGCGAUCCCGAUCCAGACCGCCGACGUGCACCCGGAGAGCGUGCCGCCUUCUGCAGGAGGGGAAGAGGAGGAGGAGGAGGACGACGACGAAGGAGAGGAGGGCAAGCAGAGGAAGCGGGCCCCCCCCGAGCUCGUCUGCGCCCCCCCGGCCGGCAAGCGCAAGCGGGGCCCCCCCGCCGAAGACCCCCGGAAGAAGAAGCCCUUCCACUGCAAGCCCUGCCAGUACCAGGCCGAGAACGAGAAGGACUUCGUGCGCCACAUCAGCGUCCACGGCAACAAGAAGAUGGAAGCCGUAGCGGCCAACGAGGGGGAGGAGGCGCGGGGGGAGGCGGGGCCAGAGGCGGUUGCCCCGGAGACCGGGGACGGGGCGGCGGCGCUCAGCAGUAAGGGCGUGAUUCGCUGCGAGCGCUGCGGCUACAACACCAACCGCUACGACCACUACCUGGCGCACCUGAAGCACCACAGCAAGGAGGGGGACAGCCAGCGCGUGUACCGGUGCACCAUCUGCACCUACACCACCGUCAGCCAGUACCACUGGAAGAAGCACCUGAGGAACCACUUCCCCAGCAAGCUGUACACCUGCGCCGAGUGCUGCUACUUCUCCGACCGCAAGAACAACUACGUGCAGCACAUCCGCACCCACACAGGUGAACGGCCAUUUCACUGCUCUUACUGUCAGUACACGAGUUCUCAGAAAACGCACCUGACCAGGCACAUGAGGACACACUCAGGCGAAAAGCCGUUCAAGUGCGACAACUGCAGCUACGUGGCGGCCAAUCAGCACGAGGUGACGCGGCACGUGCGCCAGGUGCACGGCGGGCCCAAGCCGCUGAGCUGCCCGCACUGCCCCUACAAGACCGCCGACCGCAGCAACUACAAGAAGCACGUGGAGCUGCACGUCAACCCCCGGCAGUUCCUGUGCCCCGUCUGCAGCUACGCCGCCUCCAAGAAGUGCAACCUGCAGUACCACGUCAAGUCCCGCCACCCGGGCAGCGCCCACGUCACCAUGGACGUCUCCAAGGUGCGGCUCCGCGUCAAGAACCUGGAGGCGGCCGGCGACGGGGCGGCCGGCAGGAAGAAGGCCCGGCGCCACGGCCCGGCGGGAGGCCCGCGGGAGAAACCCGGCCGGGGCGACGGAGCCGGAUGCCGAGAGGAAGAGGAAGAGAAGACGGGUAGGACCUCCAGAGUUGCCGAGAAGGAGAAGAAGGAGCAAAGCCUCCCGAGGGAGAGGGAGGAGGGAGUCCAGGAGGAAGGGAGUGCGGACGGAGGGGAGGGGGUGAUGGAGGGUAAGAUGAGGAAACGGCGGGAGCAGGCCACGCCGGAGAGGAGGAAAGCCGCACGUGUUGGCAGGUCGGCGGGAACGGGCCGAGGGGAGAAACGGGCGCAGAGAGAGGCUGUCCGAUCGGAGCCGGGGCCGGUUCAGGGGAGCGAGGGGACGAGGAAGCGGGCGGUGAAGACGAGGCCGAAACGCGAGCGGAAGCCGGAGAAGAUGCCGGACGCCCUGCCGGAGCCGGAAGAGGAGGGAGCGGGGGAGGGCACCGCGGAGACGAAGACGAAGACGAAGAAACGCGGCAGAAAGAGGAAGAGCGUGACUAAGCGGGUCGCAAAAACGGAGCGGAACGCCGCCGAGGAGGCGGAGGUGCCUCCGAGGGUUCAGGACGAGACCCCGGAGAAGCAAGCGAAGACCAGAGUGGGGAAAAGGAAAGCCAACGCAGCGGAAACCGUGUCGCCAGACGGAGAGGUCUCGGAACAGCCCGCCUCGGCCAUGAGGAGCAAGAGGAAACGGUCGGAGGACAGCGCCAAGGCGCGAAGCGAGGUCCGGGUCCCGAAGGGCCGCAAGCCCGAGAGACGCAGCGCAUCGCAGAGCCAGAGGGCCAGCGCCAAAAUCCCGUCACCGGGACAACCGGGAUCGCCGGAGGCGGAGCCGGAACCGACCAACGAGGACCCAGAACCCGGCGCAGAGGAGGAUGCUGAGAGUUCACCUGAGAGCGACGUCGGCCCGCUCGCAGAGUUCCGGCUCGUGCUGGAGGAGGACCCGGAAGUUUCCGACCAGGCGGGCGACCAGCGUCCCGACCCAGAAGGCACCGGCGCUGCAGCCGGGCUGGGUCCAGUGGAGGAGGAGUUGGAGGCGGCGGAUGCUGCAGCCGAAGCGGACGGCGCCGCACGCCAGCGCGGGCUGAGCGACGCGCCCGAGAGCGGUAACGAGGGCCGCUCCCCCAGCCCGCUGGCCCCUGCUGUGGCCCCUGCUGUGGCCCCCGGACCCAGGCAGGCAGGGGGGAAGAAGGCCCUGCCCCUCCUGGAGCUGCACAGGGCGGGCGAAGCGGAGGAGGACGAGGGCAUCCACAGCCCCGACGGCAGCGAGAUCAGCGACAGCGUCUCGGAGGGCAGCGACGACUCCGGCCUGAACGGCUCCACCCCCACCGACUCGCCCGAGAGCCUCGCCACACUGGCCACGCCCACGGAUACAAGCCCCUCCCCCACGGAGACGAGCCCCUCCCCCACAGAGACGAGCCCCUCCCCCACGGAGACGAGCCCCUCCCCCACGGAGACGAGCCCCUCCCCCACGGAGACGAGCCCCUCCCCCACGGAGACAAGCCCCUCCCUCACUGAGAGGCCCUCCCCCAUGGAGACGAGCCCCUCCCCCAUGAAGACAAGCACCUCCCUCACAGAGAGCCCCUCCCCCACUGAGGCAAACUCCGCCCCUAUAGAUACGAACCCAUCCCCCAUAGAGAAGAGCCCCUUUCCCUUGGAGGAAAACUCCUGCCCUGCAGAGACAAGCCCCUCCUCUACUGAGAUGAGCCCCUCCCCCACAGAGGGAAACUCCUCCCCUAUAUAUACAAACCCCUCCCCUAUCGAGAAGAGCCCUUCCCCCAUCGAGGGAAGCCCCUCCCACAAUCAUAAAGGCCCCUCCUCUCAUGAAAAGAGCCCCAUCCUCAUGGGCAGCCCCUCCCCCAGCAAGAAAAGCCGCUCUCUCAUCUCUGACAUAGACCGCUCCCCUAUGAACACAAGCCCCGCCCCUACAGAUAUAGGCCACACCCCCAUUAAAGAAGGCCCCUCCCUGACUGAGAUGGCACACGCCCCCUCCAAACUCACGAGCCACACCUGCAUCUUCUGCGACCGCACGUUCCCCGUAGAGGUGGAGUACAGGCGGCACCUCAACCGCCAUCUUGUGAACGUGUACUACCUGGAGAGUGAGGUCGGACAGGAACAGACAGAGUGAAAGACGCCUGGUCCCUGUCCCGCGGGGUUCACUCUUUAUUGUGUCCCUGGAGACGAGUGUCGCGUAGCUUUACGGAGACCGAGCAUCCGAACUCGCCACCAAACACGCAACCUGCUUCUGCGCGGUCGGCUGUUGUGCCUUCCCUCCAGGUCCCAGACUUUCCUGCGAUUCAGUUGGAUCACAAAAAACAAUGUAUCAUUAAUCAGGGCUUGCGAGAUGGACGAAUCGCGGGGAGGAUCCUCUUGUGACGUCACUGUGCGCUGCUGUUACCAUGACGGCAGUGGAAUGGAGAACAAUCUUGAGAACAACGGAAAGACUCCUGGAGUUCCAGAAUUCCUGUUGGGCCUGGGAUCGUUGGCUUCCCGCUUCCUGUGGGAAUGUGCUUCCUGGUCUUGCCUGUGGAUGAGGGCUGGGCGGUUUCGCUCCAGGGGGCCGGUGGGGCGGGGGCGGGGGUACGUAGCUUUUAGUUUCCAGCAGUUACCCCGGCUAAAUGAGCUAACUGGCUGUACACACCAACGCUGGCUCACUAGAUCACAGUAAAACCUUUCAUAUAGGGACGCAAGACACUGUCGUUCUUGUGCUUAUCAGAGUGUUUCUAAAAUGUCAGAUCACGUUAGCCAUAUGGCCAAUUAAGUAAUUAAGCCCAGAAGUUGCCGUGAAAACCAGACACAGACGUGGACCUCGUUGCCCACCUCUGCUCUUGAUCAUCCUAGCCAAUACCUGCAGAAAGUAGCUCUCCCCCUACUGGGGAAUGGCGGUAUGACACUUAUGAAUAUUUUCUAUAGAAGAACCAAAGAUGGCCGUCGGCUGUACUACAGUUAAGAGAGAGUGGCCAGCAGCUCUGUACGAGUCCUUUAGCAGCACAAUAACAGGGCUUCCCCCCUUAUUUCAGUGUAAGAAGCUCACAUUUGGCCUGGGAAUAGUUACUCAUUCAGAGUCAGUCCCCAUGUGAACGAACAGCCUGGAAACGUGUGCCUGGCAUUCUUUUUGUUUUCAUUGAGCACUUUUGACAGAACAUAUUCCUUAACACACUUUUGCUUUUGUGUAUAUUGUUUUUAGCUGUAGAUUAUAGUUUUACGUUCCUGGGGUGUGUGUUUUGUACAGUCUCCCAACUCUAUGCAGUGGAACGCACCUUGGAGAUGUGCAAAAGCGUAAAGAGUUGUAAGGCUCAGUAAUCCACGUCCAAUUCAACAGAUAUAUAUAAAAUAAAAGAUAAGGGCAACAGGUAGUCAUCUUGCCAUUUUAUGUUGUACAAAGUUGAGUGGGUUUCUAUUUAGUAGUUGAUUUCUAUUUCUGUGUAUAGCAUAUUUUAUUGGAGAUGGACUCUUUGUUGCAGUUAUUCAUUUAUACAUGUGAGAAUGUACAUAUUUUAAAUAUUUUAAGCCUUUUUCUGUGUUCAACAUUAAAUAGUUUGUUGACCAGGUUCUUUGGUGGGCCCAUUUGCGGUCACUGUGGUAGUUAUUCAGGUUCUGGUCAAUUCAUCAGAACAAAAAAAACAAAAAAAAAACAUCUUGGCUCCAGGCAGAAUUUCUCAUAUUUCACACUGUGAAUUAUCUGUUCUGAUCGUCACCCACAGGAUCAUUGUGUGAGUCAGUAAUUCUGAGCCCUCUAUAUCAGUGCUGGCCAGCCUAGUCCUGGAGAGCCACUGGGUGUGCUGGGUUUAUAACCCUGGUCCUGGAGAGCCACUGGGUGUGCUGGGUUUAUAACCCUGGUCCUGGAGAGCCACUGGGUGUGCUGGGUUUAUAACCCUGGUCCUGGAGAGCCACUGGGUGUGCUGGGUUUAUAACCCUGGUCCUGGAGAGCCACUGGGUGUGCUGGGUUUAUAACCCUGGUCCUGGAGAGCCACUGGGUUUUUAUUUUCACCUUAAAAUCAGCAACCAAUUUACACCCAAGAACAGGGUGAGGCGAGUCAACUGUGUAAUUAACUUAACUGAUUGAAUCGAUCAAUUAGCUACUGAGUCACAACAAACCCAGCACAGCCAGCGACUCAGGCCCAGGCUGGCCACCCCUGUCCUGUCGCCUGUGCUGAUCAGCUUUGGCUUUCAAAGGGGACGCAUUGUGGAAGGGGGACGCGGAGCUAAAUGUAGUGCUUCCCAAGAGUGGAUUGUUGAUUUAUUUUUCUUAUUCUUUUCAAUAAAAUGUCCAAAGAUUUAUAUUUUGUACGGUUCUAUUGUUUUGCCAUGGUUGCUGAAAGAUGCAGUCGAGUUUAUUUUAUGCCCCCAAACUUGUUCUUUCACAUCUUUGACAAUCAGCCCACAUCGGUCCAUCGCCACAAUUUGUAAAGGCUUGCAGUGAUACCGCUAAUAAACUGUCACAACUGUCAAUUAUUUUGAAUUCUGUUAUGGCUGGGUUGUCAGCAUAACCAAGCAGAUUUUUGAUAUGUUGUGUUCAACUGUAAAAACAACGGCAAGCUGUCCAACCAUUCCUGUGUGUAGUGUUUAAAGUACAGACAUUCUUUGGAGCAUUUGCCUUAUUUGGUUAGAGUUGUCUUCGUCACAAAAGGUGCUCCCAAAGUUGGAUUUUCCAUAGAUAUUGUAAGUAGGUUCUGAGGAGAUAGAGUUGCAGCGAUUUAAUCUGUAUUCGUGGAGGAACCACUGACUGGAACCCGCAGCUAAAAAAGUAGUUUAAGCAUUUUUUUUUUUUUUGUGUGCUUUUUCUAAUUUCUCGGAGCUUCUGACCGUGAUUUUGAAGACCUUACAAAAGAAACGUUGCCUAAAGAUGUUAUGUUAAUCAUGUAUGACCCAUGCUUCUAGAUUAGCAGAACCAGUGCAAUACAUACAAGAGUGAUACCAAAGCAAAGCAAUGUAGAACUUUAAGAGAAGGAGUCCAUUUUGAGUCCCUGAGUGCAACCAUCUUGGAAACUAUUCUUUGUUUCCGUCCGAAAUUCCACACAAACGUGCACUCUUGGGUGAGUAGGUUCUUUAUCACAGUGAAUGUUGAUUCAUCCGAGUGUAAAAAUGAUCAUUUAUAAUUGUCUGUUUUCACUUAUUGGUAGAAUGAUCAGGUAUUUUACAUUUAUUUUUGUUUAUAGAGUGCUGGUACUGUUGUGCAGUCACAUGAUCUUCAUGUAAAAAUCUGUAUAUUCGCAUUAUUUUACCAUGUGAUGUCUCCCAUUUGUGAUUAUGCUAUAUCCACUUUUUUUAUUGACAAAAAAGAAAGUUCUUCCUUUGUUGCUACAGACCUUUAACUGAAUAAAUGUGCGUCUUCUGCCUCAGUCAUCCUUUCUAUUCUAACUUGUCUGCAUUGACUGAAGUGCAAAUGUUUUGUGCAUUUCCAAAAAAGAAACCGAGAAUUGGAUAAGAAGUGUGCUGCUUCUCCGUGUUCACUUUGAUUAUGACUUUUAUAAGGCCUGCGAUCUGCUCUGACCUGUAGAUGAACUAGAACUUUCUCCCGGUGUGUUUACAUCAAUAAAAGCUGAAGAGUA